CUCGCACCACCGUCCAGGCCCCAACUAAUUCAAGUUCCACUAUGGCGAUCUCCCCGAAAGCACCAACCUCGUCUACUACAUUCUCGCUCAAGUCUUCCCAACCUAGGCGCACAAUCCCACGUCAAAGUCUCUUUUGACAUGGCAGAAUACACAACCAACAUCAAUGGGCUCGGUACCCUCCACCUCUUCGACGCAAUUUGUACGGCAGGGCUCGAGAAACACGCCAGGUUCUACCAAGCGUCCACUUCAAAGCUCUAUAGAGAGGGUAGUCGAGACGCCCCAGGGCGAAACCACCCCGUUCUAUUCCCGCAGCUUGCACGGCGUCGCUAAGCGUUAUGCAUAUUGGAUCAUGGUAAACUACCGUGAGGCAUACGGCAUGUAUGAGUGUACCGGGAUCUUGUUCAACCAUGAGAGUCCAAGGCGAGGGAGGACAUUGUUACUGGGAAGAUCUGCAGGGCUGUUCAAGUUGCUGAUAUCAGCGUUGGCAAACAUCGCUGUCUGUACCUCAGUGACAUGGGUGCGCAGCGAGAUUGGGAAUAUGGUACAAGUGUGUCUUUCAUUCUCUUCAGCUAACCAAGAUGUGGACUACGUCAAGGGCAUGUGACACAUGUUCCAACAACCCGCCCCUGUCCUCGUGACGGGAGAGGCUUAUCCUGUGAGAGAAUGUGUCGAAAAGGCCUUUGCAAUGACGAUAAGGUACCCGUCUCCUCAAGCUUCCUCAGGUACACACAUCAUUUUCUGAUGUCUGACACAAUCACACUAUCACCCAGUGCAUAGUAUCGCCCUUUUUUGAAUUUGAGUGCUCGGAAGGAACCGGCACCACACGUCUAGUUGUGGUUG